GGUUUCCGCGCGCACAGCAGUGAAAGAGCAGGGCGAAAAAUCCAGCGAAAGCUAGUCCAGACUGAGCUUCCUGACCCGACAGCGUCUUGUAGAGGAAGUUGCCUCCAAGCUCCCCGACGUGCACGAAGAGGUGGGGAUUUUUCUUGCACAAUUGCACCGAAUUUGCACAACCGGACGACUGAAGUUGUGUACCACCCAGGACCGGUUCAGUUUGUGAGUUUUACCGUGGAGCUGUACCCACACCACGUCGUGCCACACGGGAAGGAGAGGAGAGAGGGCAGAAGUUUCCGCUGGCUUGUUUUGUCACUGCGGGGCCAGUAAAUCCGCAGGAAUGUCGCAGAAGGAGAGACCCACUUUCUACAGACAGGAGCUCAACAAAACCGUGUGGGAGGUACCGGAGCGCUACCAGAACUUGUCUCCCGUGGGCUCCGGUGCAUACGGAUCCGUGUGUUCAGCGUAUGAUGUGAAGACAGGCUUGAAGAUAGCGGUGAAGAAGUUGUCUCGACCUUUCCAGUCUAUCAUCCACGCAAAGAGGACUUACAGAGAGCUGCGGCUGCUCAAACACAUGAAGCACGAGAAUGUGAUUGGUCUAUUAGAUGUUUUCACACCAGCGACAAGCUUGGAGGAGUUCAAUGAUGUGUAUUUGGUGACACAUCUAAUGGGAGCAGACCUCAACAACAUUGUCAAGUGUCAGAAGCUGACCGAUGACCAUGUCCAGUUCCUCAUCUACCAGAUUCUCAGAGGCUUAAAGUACAUACAUUCUGCUGAUAUCAUCCACAGAGACCUGAAGCCCAGUAAUCUGGCUGUGAAUGAAGACUGUGAACUAAAAAUCCUGGACUUUGGUUUGGCCCGACACACAGAUGAUGAAAUGACAGGUUAUGUAGCCACCCGGUGGUACCGAGCUCCAGAAAUCAUGCUCAACUGGAUGCACUACAACAUGACAGUGGAUAUCUGGUCAGUGGGCUGCAUCAUGGCGGAACUACUUACUGGACGGACACUCUUCCCUGGCACAGACCACAUUGAUCAGUUGAAGCUUAUAAUGAUGCUCGUCGGAACCCCAGGGCCCGAGCUCUUGAUGAAAAUUUCUUCAGAGUCUGCGAGAAACUACAUAAACUCACUUGCCCACAUGCCCAAGAGGAACUUUGCUGAUGUUUUUAUUGGUGCCAACCCACUUGCGGUGGACUUGCUGGAGAAAAUGCUGGUACUGGACACAGACAAACGGAUCACAGCGUCUGAGGCCCUGGCCCACCCAUACUUUGCCCAGUACCAUGAUCCAGAUGACGAGCCUGAAGCAGAGCCUUAUGACCAGAGCUUCGAAAGCCGUGAGCUGGAAAUCGAGGAGUGGAAGAGGUUAACCUACGAAGAAGUACUCAGCUUUGUGCCACCAUCGUUGGACGGAGAUGAAAUGGAAUCUUGAGGAAGAAGCAACUUCUCCAUCUUUUGUUUUCCAAAACAAAAAAAAACACUCUUCAAGGACUAUCAGUCUCAUUUGACUAUCCAUCACUCUCCUCACAACCAUGACAUUCAAGUGCCUGCGGUCAUUCAUCUCUAGGGGAUGUUGCGAUAUCGGGGAUAAAACGUCAUCUUGUUCAUCCCCUUCUCCCGUUGCUGUUUUUGUUUCCUUGCAUCCCAUUGUGCUGAGACUUAAGACUUAAAUUCUCCUUUUACUUUUAGUGGGUUUUGACCUCAGACAUUUAUUGUUAAUAGUGUCCCCUGUUUGACUCAAAUUUAGGAAUUACAUUUCAGUAUCAGAACUAUGUAAAUAUCAGAGCCAACAGUAUUUGUACAUAAGUACUAAAAGCAAAAGUUACCUUAUUUGUUUAACAGCUGAGACAUACUUCAGCAGAUCCCUUUCACAGUAUCAAGUAUAUUGCUAGAAUUUAGCCCAAAAUUAUAUAUAAAAAGAGCAGUUACUUGUAAUACGAUACAAGUAUGUCAAGAAUAGACUUAUAUAUUAACCUCUUAAUGUCACAGAUCCAGGCCAUCGUAUUUUUUAUUUUUUUCUAUCCCCCUUUUUUGUAGACAUGGCUCAUGUAGCCAUUAACUCAUUACAUAUUAUUUAGUUUUCACACCUUCCGUUAGCACUUAAAUUGUGUAAUUUAAGAGGAAUGUUUUUUUCACAGUCACCAUUAUAACAUUACCAUUUUAGCAUGAAAAAGCCAGAUUUAGACUUAUUCAUUUUGGAAAAUGUUUAUUUUCCAUCACGACAUCAAGUGACAAUGUACUUCAAUCAUUAUACAUUUAUAAAACACGGUAAUAUUAAUGUUUAUUGAAUGUUGGGGCACAAGGCAGCCCUGUAUUUAUGAUCUUUUGUUAUUUGUUUGUAUAUCAAUGUAAAAGAGAAUAUUAUUUGUCAGAAUUUAAGGGUCUUUUUAUUAUUUAUGGAGAGCUUAAUGUAUCAGAAACCAAAUGUAUCAUCAAUAAUUUCAUCUGUCAGUUGAGCCGUGGUGACUGCAGUUACAGCUUGUGUAUUGGAGCCAGAAGAGGUCAUGGCCAAAAAUUUGUUUUAUAAACUUCACAGGUUGCAGUUGUUUCAAUUUAGUAUUUCUGGGCUUCUAUGGGUUUUGAGUUGGAAACUAUUGUUAUACAUUUAUUUAUUACUUUAUUUUGUUCCCUUAGGUACUAUCCCCAGAAAUUAUACCACCUUCAAAAAUUUCAGCUGAAAAUAUCCAGCAUUUAAAGCAAAUUGUGUUACGAGUGCAUCAAAUGAUUUUGUAUCGACCAACAACCACUAAACCAUAGACUCCUGGUCCAGAAAUGCGCAUGUAUUGAUUAAAUGUUUAGGUAGAUUCCUAAAAAUCACUUUUACAAGUGGCAUACAAGCUAUAUCCACAGUUGCUCUGGCUAAUGUCAACCAAACACCAGUGUCUUCACAGUUUCACAACAACUGCUUGUUUUCAUGUAGUGCUUUUUCUAAUAUAUUACUUUAUUCUUUGCGUGUUAAAUCAAGAUUCAAUGUUCUUCUGUGAUUCUGUAAACUGAUUGUUUUUUGUUUUUUUUUUUAGUAAGGUUAGAACCAUGUUUGUCAUCCUUUAAAUAAUUUAGUAAGGCACAUUUUUGUGGGAAAGUGUGUAUGUUUACUCACUGGAUGCUGAAGGGCAAUGCUGAAGACUUAUUUGUCAUUUUAAAACAACUGCAUCAGUUAUAGAGGAUCUUGUUCAUAUCCCAAUGUUUAUAGUUAAUUUGAUUAUUGGUUAUGCUUUAUUUGACUGAGAUGUGUUCAUAUCUUUUUACUGUGUUAUUUACCACAUGUACCAAGACAGCAGGCCACGCCACCUGUAAAUACCACCAUUAGAAAAUAAAGGCUACUAUUUUUCAAAACUA